GAAUUGGCAACACUAUUUAACUCGAAUGCAUAAAAAAAGACCUAAACCGCUCUAAAUUCUGUUUCAAUGGUCUGUAAAUUUUUAUAUUGUAGCCUGUAAAGUUUGAUUCUAAUUUGGUUAGUUAAAGUCAUUAAAAAGAGGAGCAAAGGGAAAGGAAAACGUAUAAUGGCGACAACAGAAACACAAAUUGUUGUAAACACGAAUUUGCAAAAGCAAGACCUUAACAAUUUGGAAGUUAAUAACUUGACUCCCUUGUCGCCGGAGGUAAUUUCACGGCAGGCUACAAUAAAUAUUGGCACAAUUGGCCAUGUAGCUCAUGGUAAAUCAACAGUGGUCAAAGCCAUUUCAGGUGUGCAGACGGUUCGGUUUAAAAAUGAACUCGAAAGGAACAUUACCAUAAAACUUGAACGCAUAAGUCUCCAGCGCAUGAAAGCUUUGCUGGCAUCGCCACGGUUAUUGCGUGAGUUCGAGGAGAGUCAGGAACUGAAACAAUUGCAAAGACAACAUCUUAAUCGGCAACAAUAUAAUUAUAAUUCUUUUCACUGGCUGGCGUGCCCAUUACCGCGCACACCACUAGACGCGACGCAAACACGACUUAAUGCUUUAACUCCCAGUAGUGGUUAUGAAAGUUUCAAUGAUAAUUCUUCCACACACAGUGGUGAAUCAAUGAAAAUAUCCGCAAGAGAAUGUUUAGCUAAAAAACAGAGGAAACCAGUCAAACGCCAUAAUAAGUUAAAGACACCAUCGCAGUCACUUUCGUUGAAAAAAGGUCUUUUCAGUAAUGCCACUGCCAUCCGAAAAAGCCAACAAGAAUAUGUGAUUGAAGAAAUAGAGUGCGUUGAGUCUCUUAAUGGCCAACCAGUAUUUUAUGUGAAAUGGCUCAAUUACUCAAGGGACCAAAACACUUGGGAAGACCUAGACAAUAUAAGUGAGUGCUCUUUAUUGGAUGAUUUUAUUGACCACUAUACAUCGUUAUACCGUCAUAGCAUUGUCUGCAUUAUUAACGAAGCGCAGCAAAAUAUUAUCAAAGAAAAUCUUACCUUGGACCCUAAGGAAUUAGACGUCCGGGAAUUGGACAAAUAUGAUGAACAUAUGAUAAAACUGGAGGUAGAUCUUAUACUGUUGGCUCAAUUUGAAGCAUCACGUUCUCGUAAUUAUCGAGAUUCGCAAAAGAUACGUAAACGUAUAUUGCGUGCUUUGCUUCUGAAACCGUGGUUUAUUCAACGUAAACAACAGCAAAUUUCAUUGCUGCAAUGGCAAGAUCAUGCAAACUUAGUAGAAGGUAAUGCUCCUAUAAAGGUGGAAAACAACGUCGAUUUGGAUGUCCUAGAUCCAAAUUUCAAAUAUAUAUGCGAAAAUCUUGCAGGUAAAGGCGUUGCAAUCGGCAAUGAACCGCCGGUUGGUUGUAAUUGUCUAGACGGUUGUAAGCCACUUGCAACCAAAUGCUGUGCUCGCAUGGCUGAUGGGUAUUUUGCCUAUGACAAGAAGGAACGUUUGCGCAUCAAACCUCGCGAGGCGAUUUACGAAUGCAACAAAAGCUGUCAAUGUCCAAUAGAUUGUCCCAACCGAGUCAUACAACGUGGUCGUCGAAAUGCCUUAAGUCUUUUUAAAACCAGCAACGGGUGUGGCUGGGGAGUACGUACCGAUAAGGCCAUGUGCAAAGGCGAAUAUGUUUGCGAAUAUGUAGGCGAAAUUAUUACUGUCGAAGAAGCAAAUGAAAGAGGUAAACGUUAUGAUACGAUUGGCAGAACAUAUCUGUUCGAUUUGGAUUAUGAUACCAGUUCCGAUACCAAAUACACUAUCGAUGCGGCACAAUAUGGUAACAUUGGGCAUUUUGUCAAUCAUUCCUGCGAUCCUAACCUAGGGGUGUACUCAUUCUGGAUUGAUAAUCUUGACAUAAAAAUGCCGCGUUUGGCGUUUUUCACAUUAAGAUUGAUCAAAGCUGGCGAAGAGUUGUCCUUCGACUAUAUACAAAACGCGCCCGACUUGGAUGACUAUGAAAACCUUUCAAACGCUGAAAAAAUUACUUGUCGUUGCGGUGCAGACAAUUGCCGCAAAGUUUUGUUUUAACUUUCCUUAAAUAGAUUUCACUCUUUUUUUAAUUUUUAACCCACCACUUGCAGACAUAUUUAUGGAUAUAUUAAUUGUGUCUUUUAAUUGGGUGCCCUCAAACGUGCUGUAUAUUAAAAAUGUGGCCACAGUCACUCUUUCGUCCGUUCGUCUUUUCACAUGACCGUCUUGAAGUGUCUCAAUUGGAAAAAUGUGAUUGAAAAAAAUUUACUUCUCCAAAUUUCGACAUAAAUUUCCACAAAUUUAACGCAAUCUAUUGUCUGACACAGACAAUACGAUAUUAAGCAGACAUUUUAAUAUUUACUUAAAAGUGGCGGAUAUAGAUAUUUCACGGCACAAAGGGAAUAUAAUUUCCAUGUUCUGUAUCAUAAAACUACGUAUCAUUGUUAAUUUCACUCUUGUAAACUCGAUGUAGAUAUUUAAAUAGAAAAGAUUAUUAUACAUAAUUUUUAAGCUAUCAUCUGGUGGAUUUUGGUAUUCUUAUUAUAUAUAAUUGUCAUAAAUGUUACAAAUAUAUAUGCACACUGAAGGCACCGCUCAUUUCGUGUUGUUUAAUUUAAACUU